GCUUUAUACACCAAACCAAAUUGCAGACGCUUUAAUGAACACGUGGAUUAUUUUUUACUAGUUCACGUAUGCAAUUUUCAUUGGUGUCAACAAAGUAAAGUUAUUAAUUGUUUUCACCAUGGCUGCGUUAAAAAAAAGUAUGUCAACUGACGAACGUCAGAUUCAAGUGAGAUUUGUAACAAAACAGGAAAAGUAUGCUCUCCCGGAAGCUCCGUUUUCAAUUCCUUGUGGAAUAAAAGCCGAUUUGCUUAGUGUACUAGUCAAUAAUUUACUUCGAGAAACUCGUGAGACAGGAUGGGAGGAGGUGGAAUUUGAUUUUUUAAUCAGUGGGGAAUUUGUGAGACUUCCACUUGUUGAACAUCUUAAAUUAAAAGAUAUCAAUACCGAAGUAACUAUUGAUGUAGAGUACAUUGAAAGGUUCCCUGCCCCUGAACCUGAAGACAGCUUAAACCACGAUGACUGGGUAUCUGCAGCCCAUUGUUUGGAAGAUUGGAUUUUGACAGGAUCUUAUGAUAACACUCUGCAUAUAUGGAAAACUGAUGGCACUCACAAGACAACCAUUCCUGGACAUUGUGGCCCAAUAAAAGGAGUCCGCUGGAUUGAAAUAGCAGGCUCUCUUGCCACUUUUGCAAGUGUUUCCCAUGACCAAACUAUUAUGAUUUGGACAGUGGAUCUGGAAACAUACGCGGUUGAGCGUGUGCAUAUUGGAAGAGGACAUGAGCGCUCCAUUGAGUGCGUGGAUGUAGAUAAAAAUUCAUCUUUCCUUGCCACUGGAGGAUGGGACCAUAUGCUUAAAAUCUGGGCUGCUACUUCUGAAUCAGUUCUAGCAACUGAAAUCGAUGAUGGUGAAAACCACAAAUUAUCUACUGUUAACCCUGGGAAAUCCCUUAGACGAACACCCUUGAUGACUUUACCUGGCCACAAAGAAGCGAUAUCUUCAGUUGUUUGGACAGAAAGCAAUGAAAUAUUUAGUUCUUCGUGGGAUCACACUAUCAAAUUGUGGGACGCUGAAUUAGGAGGAUUAAAAUCUGAAAUAGUCGGAAACAAGUCUUUCUUUUGUGUUUCAUAUUCUCCUCUAAAUCAAACCCUUGUCUCUGCAUCAGCUGACCGCCAUGUUCGGCUGUAUGAUGCUCGAUCGCAAGAAGGAUCAAUUGUGAAAGCCACUUUCACUUCACAUGUUGGGUGGGUGUCGACAGUUUGUUGGUCUACUACACAUGAAAGAUUGUUCAUAUCUGGUGGGCAUGAUAACAUUUUGAAGCUAUGGGACAGUCGAAGGCAAGUACGAAGUAAGCAAUUCGUCGAAUGGGUUAAUAAUUCUUUAUUUUGCAGUCCGAAGGCACCAUUGUAUGACAUGGUAGGGCACGAAGGCAAAAUUCUAUGCGCCGAUUGGUCAAAUCCUUCAUUGAUGGUAAGUGGGGCAACGGAUAAUACGUUGAAGAUCUUUAGGUCGCAAGCAUAAAUAAGAUCUACAUGAAUUGAGAUAAACAAACAUUCUGAAAAUUU